UUUCAAAGAAGUCUUCCCCAGUUACCUCUUCCAAAGCUCGAAAAGACCUGUAAGAAUUAUCUGAAAGCUGUUCAACCGAUACUCAACGCGGAACAAUACAGAAGUGCCCAGGGUCUCAUCUGGGACUUUUGCAACGGUGAUGGGCGACGACUGCACCAAGAUCUGUCCACUUGGUACAAGUAUCACAAACACACAAGCUACAUAACAGAACCUUGGUUCGACAUGUACCUCAAAUCAAGGGUUCCAUUGCCGCUCAAUUUCAAUCCUUUUCUGGUGUGGAAACUAGAUCCAGACUCAAAAUAUAAUGAGCAGGCAUGCAUGGCAGCUAACUUAGUCAUCUCCGCAUUGCGGUUCAAGCGAUCCCUUGAAUUCGAGACCUUAGCACCACAAGUGUUUUACCUCGACGAGAAAACGAGAAAUUCGCCAUACUUCCAGAAUUUAAUCCGAUGGACUCCUGAAAACGUCGCCUGCUAUGUUGCCUACCUCUUCAAGGCAUACCCUCUAGACAUGUCACAGUUUCCGUUCUUGUUCAGCACCACCCGCAUUCCCGCGUUGUUCAAGGACCAACUGGUUAUCAAUCGUUCUUCCCGUCACGUGGCCGUAAUUAGAAAUGGGAACUUCUUCAGCGUGGAAGUGCUCGACAAAGAUGGCUUUUUACAUCCUCCGGAUUUGAUAUAUAUCUGUUUUUUGAAUAUCGUGCAACAGCCGUUGCAGCCGGCGGCAUUUCCUUUGGGAAUUUUAACGACGUUGGAUCGUGAGCAGUGGUCUUUGGCUAGAAGUCAGUUAUUGGCGAUCGAGGACAACCAGUCGAUUUUGAAAGAACUGGACGGCGCGUUAUUUGUUGUUAACUUAGACAGCGAUAGUUCUAGGGAUGCCACUGCAAUAGGCAAGAAUUUUCUUCAUGGCGACGGCUGCAACAGAUGGUUUGAUAAGUCGAUUCAACUCAUCGUUGAGCCAAACGGUCUGUCUGGAAUCAACUUCGAACAUUCAUGGGGGGACGGAAUGGCGGUUCUGCGCCUGUUGGAAGAAGUCAGCUUGGACUGUCGUCGAAAAAAAUGGGCGGAACCCCAGAAUACAGCACUUCUCAAAAAAGUCGAUGUCUCGCAAUGCGUCAGGAAAUUAGAAUUUAAACUAAGCAGAGGAUUGGAAGAAUUGAUAAGAAAAUCUAGAGAGUCGUUUAAGAAGUUGACAGAGCGUCUUCAGUUAAAGGUGCUCUCUUACGAUGGUAUAAGCCGACGGUUUCUGCAGAGCAAAGGCAUUAGUCCUGACUCAUUAGUUCAGUUGGCGAUUCAGAUUGCGUUUUACCGCAUUCAUCAUGAGCCAGCUGCCACUUAUGAGUCAUGUUCUACCGCUGCCUUUAAACAUGGACGUACUGAAACAGUGCGCCCGGCUACAAUGGCUACAAAGCGUUUCGUCCACGCAUUGAUCAACGACAGACUAUCAAAUGCCGAUCUUUUACCAUUGUUGCUCGACUGCUCAAAGGAACAUUCAUCGCUUGUGAAGCAGGCUGUAACUGGUAAUGGAUUUGACCGCCACAUGUUCGCCUUGAAGGCCCUUGCAGAACGUCAGGGCAACCGUAUCCCUGCGGUAUUCAUGGAUGAGACGUACUCGACUGCCAACCAUUUCCGGGUCUCAACUUCGUCUUUGUCCUCGGAAAACUUGUUUUUGGGCGGAUUCGGACCUGUUGUAGUCGAUGGUUUUGGCAUUGGCUACAAUUUCAGGGACGAGCGCCUUGGAUUCGUUGUUACUUGCUAUUCUGACAAAAAUAAUGCUCAGGAAUUUGUUAAUACUUUACACACUUCUCUGGAUGACUUAAAUAACAUUUUAAAUUCUAUUAAAUCAUAG